AUGGACGCGCUCUCCCUCAUCGACGUCUCCGACGAGGAGGACGACUUCCUCCUCGACCUCGCCUCGCCGCCGCAGCACCCCGACCCGCCAGCCCGCGCCGCCCCAGGUGCUGCGGUGGUGGGCGCCGAUUCGAAGCGGCCCGCCGUCGGAUCUCCUCCUCCUCCUCCGGCGGUGGCGGGCGGGCAGGCCGUGGGUCCCGCGGAGCAGGCCCCGGAGCGGGCGCAGUCCCCGAAGAAGACCAAGGGCGUCAACCUCCGCAAGAGCCUCGCCUGGGACAAAGCCUUCUUCACCAGCGAAGGUGUUCUCGAUACCGAGGAAUUGGGCAUUGUAAACAGCACUUUCCGCAAGUCGCAGGGUUCUAGGCUGCUGCCAGGAAUAGCAGAGGAAAUGAGGAGGUCAAUGGAGUCCACCACCUCCUCGUUGGAAAGUGAAAGCUUUGUGCUGGAAAGCCUUGAGACUGAGCUGUUUGACGAUGUCCGUGCUUCGAUUCAGAGAACGCUUGGGAAACCUGAUAAAGCUCCUAUUGUGGCUUCUGGAAGCUCAAAAACCCCUAGGUCCGCAGCAAAGGCGCCUCCUGUCACAGUGAGAAAGGGGGUUGAUCGGAUACCUCAGACUCAGAGCAAGAUAAGGCCCCCUGCUUCAAUAAGCAAUGGUUCCGUUGGUGGUACCAAACAAAGGCCCCAAGUCACCCUGAAAGAGCCUGCAGCUGCAAGAGUGGCUGCAUCAAAAGCUGCAGAAGCAAAACCAUCCUCAAAGCCUCCCAGAGCUCUGCCAAGAGUUGCUACAAUGAGAGCACCGACUAACACAGCUGUCACCUCUGGGAUUGCAGACAAAAGAAGCAGCACUGGAGGUGUAGUCAACAGGCAGGCAGUUGCCAAGUCUGCUAACAGUUCAGCCAGUGUGCCAUCUCGGCCUGGUGGGGGCCCAAAGAACAACUCAACCUCAAAAUCUGGUGCUUUGUCGUUAGCAGCAAGUCCUUCCUUGCAUAGUGCUCCCAUGGCAGGUGGGAAAACAAAGUCACCGACCCUAAUCAGCAAGAACAGGACCGCUCAGAGGAUCCCUAUUCGUUCAUCAUCAAGAUCUGAUAUCAGCAAGGUUGACCCAGCAAGGGCAUCAAGAAAUAAGAGUCAUGGUGAGAGUGCAUCACCGACCAUUUCACCAAGCAGUUCUGUGGACAGCAUGAGUUCUGUGAUUUCUGGGGUUUCAACAGCAUCCACUGUAGGGAGAGCGAGUCAUACAUCUGAGACCUUUAGUACAAGGUCGUCUUCAUUGUCCCCUUCCACCAGAAAGAGCAAUGACCACCCUCCAACCACACUACGGAGGCCUGUUAUUGUUAGAGAAGGACAGGCUUCAGGAGCAUUUGCUGAUAAUGUGAAAUCUAAUGUCGACACAUCAACCCAAGGAAAUGGUUUUAAACCAUCUGGUCUACGAAGGCCUACACCCAAGAUUGGAUAUUUUGAUGCCGAGAAAUCUGUUGAACAAAAAGCCGGUGCACGGGCACAACUGCAACCCACGAAGGUUCUGUUUUCACCAUUGGCCACACAGAACUCUUGGAUUCCUUCUACUCCGAAGACAAUCCCUGCAACUCUUACCUUUGAGCAAGAAGAACCAAAAUCUAGGGCAGCAGCACCUUCUCAAACUAAGGCGUCACCUUCACUACCUCUCAGAGUUGCACAAACUGAGGUAAAACCAUCAAAGGUGACAGAGCAUGAAGUUUCUCAAAAGGAGGCAUUGCCUUUACUGUCUCCAAGAGUUGCACAAACUGAAACGGAACCAUCAGAAGUGGCGGAGGAUGACAUUUCUCCAACUAAGGCAUCACCUUCACUGCCUUCUCUUACAGUCGUGCAAACCGAAGUAGAAUCUUCAAAGGUAUCCGAGAAUGAAGCAGCCAUGCAUGAGUCUGGUCCACUGGUCACCUUCACUGCUUCAUUCUCGGAAACUACAGCAGCACCUUGCGAGGACAGCAGUCCUUCACUGCUUCUUGGAGUUGCAAAAAUGGAAGUAGAACCAUUGGGAGUGAUUGACCAUGAAGCGGAAACAUCAAAGGUGUCGGAGCAUGAAGCACACGUGCUGGAGACUGGCCCAUUGGUUGCCAUGGACAUUGCAGAGGACGAGGGGAUUCCAGCUUUAAAUCAGAAUGUCCAGGCCAAUGGCGAUAUCAGUUCAUCAACUGUUGAGCUGUUAUCAGGUGCCUCUGGUCAGCCACAAUCAGAAACUACAGCAGCACCUUGUGAGGAAAGCGUUUCUUCUCAAACUAAGGUAUCAUCACCUUCACUGCCUCUUGAAGUUGCAAAAAUGGAAGUAGAACCAUUGGAGGUGAUUGAGCAUGAAGCUUGGAUGCCCCAGGCAGCCAUGGAUAUUGCAAAGGAGAACAUUCCAGCCAUGGAUACCGCAAAAGAGAACAUCCAGCCUGGUGGUUAUUCGAGUCCACUAAAGGAGAACAUUCUGGCUUCGCAUCAAAAUAUCCAGCCUGAAGAGCAUAUGACUCCUGUAAAGGGAAGCAUCCUGGCCUCACACACAAAUGCGCAGGCUAUUGGGGAGAUGACUCCAAUUACUCUCCUGAGCCAGAAGCUGUCCUCCAUUUCUCUAGGACAAGCUAAUGGGGAGGCGACUCCAUUGACUCAGAAGGCGUCCUCCAUUUCUCAAGGACAAUCUAAUGGGGACGUGACUCCAUUGACCCAGAAGGCGCCCUCCAUUUCUCAAGGACAAUCUAAUGGGGAGGCGACUCCAUUGACCCUGUUGGCGCAGAAGCUGUCCUCCAUUUCUCUUGGCGAUGCCACCGACUAG